GCCUUUUAUUAUCAUUAUCAUUUUUUGUCUUCCCGCGGCGAGCGUUGGGAGGCGAAAGGCAAGAGCUGAAGCGGUCGGGAGGGAGAAGGGGGCGGGGAGACAGCGAGGGGAGCGGCGGGUGUCGGUGCGGGAAGGCGGGGACGCGGCUCCCCCGGCCCGACCUCGGACCAUGUACCAGGACUACCCCGGGAACUUCGACACCUCCUCCAGAGGCAGCAGCGGCUCCCCGGGACAUCCCGAGACCUACUCCAGCGGCGCAGCCCAGCAGAAAUUUCGAGUAGAUAUGCCAGGAUCAGGCAGUGCUUUUAUCCCAACGAUCAACGCCAUCACAACUAGCCAAGACCUGCAGUGGAUGGUCCAGCCCACCGUCAUCACCUCCAUGUCAAGCCCUUACUCUCGCUCACACCCCUACAGCCAUCCGCUGCCUCCGCUCUCCUCGGUGGCCGGACACACGGCCCUUCAGCGACCUGGUGUGAUCAAAACCAUCGGGACCACAGUAGGCCGGAGACGGAGAGACGAGCAGCUGUCGCCUGAAGAAGAAGAGAAGCGAAGGAUCAGGAGAGAGAGGAACAAGCUGGCAGCUGCUAAGUGUCGUAACAGGCGUCGAGAGCUAACAGAGAAACUCCAGGCGGAAACUGAAGUGCUGGAGGAGGAGAAAUCAGUGCUUCAAAAGGAGAUUGCUGAGCUUCAGAAGGAGAAGGAGAAGCUGGAGUUUAUGCUGGUGGCUCACAGCCCUGUGUGCAAAAUCAGCCCUGAGGAACGCAGGAGCCCACCAUCCAGCAGCCUCCAGAGCGUUCGGACUGGAGCAAGCGGAGCGGUGGUGGUGAAGCAGGAGCCUGUGGAGGAAGAGAUCCCAUCUUCCUCUUUGGUCCUUGACAAAGCCCAGAGGUCUGUCAUUAAGCCCAUCAGCAUUGCUGGAGGUUUUUAUGGGGAGGAGGCACUCAACACUCCCAUUGUGGUGACCUCAACACCAGCCAUCACUCCUGGCUCAUCCAACUUGGUGUUCACCUACCCCAGCGUGUUGGAUCAGGAGUCUCCUCUCUCCCCAUCCGAGUCCUGCUCCAAAGCUCACCGGAGGAGCAGCAGCAGUGGUGACCAAUCCUCAGAUUCCUUGAACUCUCCCACCUUGCUGGCAUUGUAAUCCCCCUGUUGCCCCCCAUUUUGCCAGUGUGUUACAUCCCCUCCAGCACCAUGGGGGGAGCCCUCUUCCAUGGGAUUAGAGACAGGCACAGGAUCGUUCAAGCACAAAGGUGGCAAGAACAAGGAUGGGGAAGUGCUGCAGCUCCAGGAAGGAGAGAGUAAGGACCAAUGUCAGCUCCCUGGAGGCAGGAAAUGGCAAAAGUGGGACUGACGUGCCAGGACUGUUUGGAGAGGGUGAUGUCUCCUCUGUAGGGACUGCUUACGGAAACCUCUUCACGGCCACAGUGGACUUGAGGAGUACUCCUGGCCAGGACUGGAGGCGAGCUGCAGACAGUUGCUAGUCGUCCCUUUCCUUUGUGAAUUGAUCUGAUCGGUUGUGCUCUGUGCUUAGAUCAUUCUGGUUAGUUGAUCUUACAACUUCUCUCUUUCCCUCUUUCUCUCUGCUUAUGAUUUCCAAUGUUGUUGAUCCCAUGACAUUUCAUCCAGUUGCUUUGAACUCUAAAGGCUUUUUAGGAUCUCUCCUCUUCGGACAGGCUGUGGGAAAAACAUAGGGUUGCCCAGGCAGGAGGGGGGUGGCUGGCAGGUCCAGCAGAGGGGGGAUCAAGAGCAGCCCAAGGGGCUCAGCAGCAAGGGCAGGGCUCAUAACCCUGGCCUGUGGCAUGGAGGCAGUGAACAGAGACAGCAGGAGGCUCAUGUGGAAGCCUUUCUUUUUUAAAAUGUAGAUAUAUUUAUCCCCUUGGGCUCCUCAAAAAACAAGUUAGUAUCUCAGGGCCAAAGCAGCAUCAGAAAAGCUGCUGGGCUGGCACUUACCAGUGUCUUUGGCAGGGUUUUACCCUAGUUUAGUGGAUAUGAAAUCUGCUGCUUGUUGUUUACUUUCCCUGGGCUGCCCGCUCUCUAGGGAGUAUUGCAUCUUCCUCCCCAUCAGGGCUCCUGACUCAGAGGCUGAUCUCUUCCUGUUAGUAAAUCCUCCCCUUGGCCAUCUUUGCAGAACAUGCUACCAAAAAAGAGGUGGCACCAUGUUCCUAUAAAUCUAGGAUGGAGACUGGCAGCAGAUAAGAGAGUGAAAGUAGCUGCCUGUACCCUUGCUGACUUAUGUGUUAUUGGGAAACACAGCAGUGUGCAUUCACCAUUUGAUACUAGUGGGUGUUUGCUCAGAGAUUCCCAGUUUCCCAGGCUGGGGGGAAGGCAUUGGUCCAACUUUCAGCAAAGCACAGGCCACAAGGCACUCCUGACUCAGCAGGAAUGGCAUGGUUGAAGUGAUGACCUGUUUGAACUAGAAGAGAGCUUCUGAUAAACUCGGAUUAUGAAUGACAAAUCAACAGCAGAGGAAAAUCGAUUGCUGUUAUUUGCACCUUGGUCUGUGGCUUGUUUUUUUUCUUUUUUUUUUUUUUUUUUUUUGGCAAUUGGUCUGGUUUUGUUGGGAUUGAUUGGCAUGAAGACAAAAAACAAAUCAGAGGGUUAUUCCACUAGCACUGGGUUCUUAACCUUCUCCAAUGUGUGGGCUUGGCUGCUAUUCCUAAGUGCGCACAGAGGGCACAAGCUCUCCAGCCUUGGUGUUUACUACUGAAAACAGUAACGUGUGUAACCUGUUCCUGUUUGGAGCCAAGCUCAAUUCCUGUUGAUGUCAAGGCACUGACGAACCACGACCAUAUGCACACUAGGAUUGCCCAGCUUACCAGCUAAGCCACUUGGGGGAUAACUCUUUGAACCUGCCUGUUGAAGCUGUGUUGGCAGCUAUUUAUUUUGGUGUAAGAUUUUCUUGUUCUUAUAUAUAUAUAUAUUUAUAUAUAUAUAUAUGUAAUCAACUGAAACCAGGGUGUUUCUUGGUCAGGCUGGACCUGGAGAAAUGCAAUAUGCAAUUAUAGAGCCAGUCCUGCAAGAUGCUAAUCUGCUGCAAUCCCCGCCAACUCCACUUGGAAUUAAUAGGGUUCCGUUUAGUGGAACUGGACCUUUACUCAGCAGGGCUGACUUCCCUCAAACCCUGGCCACUGCCCAUUCCUUGAAUCAUUUCAAAGGGACACUACUUUGGCUCUAAAGGUAGGCUUUGCUUUUUUAUUACUACUAUUAUUUUUAAACCCAGGUAUUUACCAGACCUGUCAGAGUGAUCUUUUUGCUUCAUAAAGCUGAUUGUGAUUCAGGCUUUUUCUUUAUUACUUAAACACUUUGAUCAUUAUACUGGUGCUAGAGCGAACUGGUUUCAAACUGAACUUACAUAAUAAGUAAAAUUGAUUAAGGAGUUCCUUUUUCCUCACACAAACCAUCAAAACUUCCUUUUUAAUAAAGUAAACCUUAAACUUCUUGUAGUUAGCACAGAGGAUCCUAUUUUCAUAGGGUUUUAUGUAGAUGAUACCACUUCAGGUGAAACUGCUGCUUCUUUAAUGGUCUCCAUUUUGCCAGAUGCUUGUUUGGGCCCCUCUGGAUUAAGAAUCUGAAACUUCUCAAUAAAAUGUCUCUGACUGUCAUUUCCACCCAUUGUUGAGCAGAACACAACAUAGACAAAUGGUGAAUCCUAAUGUGAUGCAGCUACUUUUGAGGCCAUCUGAACAGGACUGCUGUCUCCCAGGAGAUCAGGAGCACUCCUACUAGGGGUUUUGGGAAGCCAGGUGCCUCCUCAAACCUAAUGCAGCCUAACUCCUAGUGGAACAGAAAAAGCCUACCUUUGGUUUUGGUCACUGAAUCAUUGCCAAAAGGAGCUGCAUGCAGCUGGCCUUUGCCCACUGCCUGCUGCCUUGUCAUCAACCUUCUCAGACACAGGACAGUCCCUUUUCUUGUCCUGUGAUACUGACAGGAGCCAUGUGAAACUGCCCAGAAAAGAGGAUUAUUUUCUAGUAUCUGGGAAAAGCCCUGAAUACCUUGUGCCUGUCCAUUUUGUCACUCAGAUCUCUCAGAGGAUGUCUAUGUUGGGAUCGCUGGUCUCCUGCCUUCUGUAUUUUGUGGAUCAGCCUUACAUUUGUUUAAUUUCUGGCAGACAGGUACAACUUGAGCUUUGCUGCUGUUUUGGUCCGGCGCUGCCUUCUUUUCAGGUUUAUUGGUGUGCUUUUUGGGAAUUGACUGUCUUCCCCAUCCCCAAAAUGGUAUUUUCCAUUAUUAUCUUCCCUGCCAGUUCCUAAAUGUACAGUGUCUCCAUGUUCUGCAUGUAACGGAGAUAUGGGAGCUCUUAUAACUAGUGUCUGAUCAAGAGUUGUUGAAGUCAGUAUAAAAAGGCCCAGGGAAUUUCAGCUGGUAUUGGGUCAACCCUCUAGCAAAUGUCCCAAUGAAGCCUCUAAUAAUAACUUAAAUUAACCAAUGCCAAACUGGGAGGAGCAGUUGCAGCUGCACUGGAGGCAACAUUCAGCUUCCAGGUCAUGUUUGCUGUUCUAGUUUUUCCCUUGUUCCUCUUUCCCCCUUCCCAGUUGUGGCCUUGCCUUCAUCCAUUCCUUUCUUGUAGGUGUGGAGACUGGGUAAGUCUCAAACUGCUUGUGGUGUGAUGGGAUUUGGGACCAACAUGCUGGGGACAGUAGCUCUCUGUUUUGUUUUUAUAAUUAUUAUUUAAAUGAUCUGUUUAGUUCAUCUGAACCUUUAAUUUUGCUGCUUACUGUAUGUAGGAUCCACCUGGCCCUCAUCCUAAAUGAAAAGACAAAAUGAAAACAAACCUAAGACACCCCCCUCCUCCCUGCUAUAUUCUUAUUUAUUGGCAGGCAGCCAUCUUGUGCCUGCUCCAGCAGAUCUGCCCGCCAUUAAUUUAACAUCCUCCCAAAUCACAUUCCUGGUGUUCGGUUAUUGCCUUUUUUUUUUUUUUUUCUUUCCCCUUUUUGUUGUUUUUUUCCAUUCUAAAACAGACUUCUGAAAUGUAAGUAAUCUUAUCAUUAUGACACUUAAAAGUUCAUUUUCAUUAGGAAGGCCAAGUCAAAUAUUUUAAGAGGUGGGGGGAACAAUCUACAUUUUAUUUCUUAUUUAUUUAUCAUGUUUACAUUUUUUUUUCUGUUCAAGACUUGGAUAUAAUAAAGCAUUAAAAAUACUCCAAUCUUCUUUUUUUAGGCUGAUAAUUUUUUUUUUUUUUGAUUCUUUAAAUAAAAGAUUCUGGGUUUUGUUGUUGUCUGUAUAAAAUGUAAAAAGAGAUGUUUCUAAAGAUGCAUUAUCAUUCCUCUGUGAACAGUAGGUGGAGUUGAGGACAAAUCUCAGAAUACAAAAUAAUAAUAAAAUCCCAUCCUGUUUUACUUAAUUGUUCCCCUCCUAUCUUGUAUGAUUAAAGGGUUAUUCCAC